UUUUAUAUUUAUUGUAUAUUUGGAAAAUAAAAAAAAAGGGAAAAUAUCGUUUGUAGAUAUUUAACAUUAAAAUCAAUAAAAAAAUUAUUUUCGUUUUUAAUAUUUUAUAAAUAAACUAUAAAAAUUUCACAAAGAACAGUAAAAAUGUCAUCACGUGUUCGUGAUGACUCAACUGGUUCCAGAGGAUUUAUUUUGACUGAAAAACAAAAAUAUAUUGAAGAAUAUGACUUUCUAUAUUGCAGUGAGUCCAGUAAAUAUGAGCGUGUUGCAAAAAUUGGACAAGGAACUUUUGGUGAAGUUUUCAAGGCUAGAGAAAAAAGUACCAAGAAAUUCGUCGCAAUGAAAAAAGUUCUAAUGGACAAUGAAAAAGAAGGUUUUCCAAUAACUGCAUUACGUGAAAUAAGAAUUUUACAAUUAUUAAAACAUGAAAAUGUUGUAAAUUUAAUUGAAAUUUGUCGUACAAAAGCUACUGUACAUAAUGGAUAUCGUUCGACAUUCUUUUUGGUAUUUGAUUUUUGUGAACACGAUUUAGCUGGUUUACUAUCAAAUAUCAAUGUUAAAUUUAGUUUAGGGGAAAUAAAAAAAGUAAUGCAACAACUGCUCAAUGGUUUAUAUUAUAUUCAUAGUAAUAAGAUCUUGCAUCGAGAUAUGAAAGCGGCCAAUGUUUUAAUAACAAAACAAGGAAUUUUAAAGUUAGCAGAUUUUGGGCUUGCAAGAGCUUUCAGUAUUCCAAAAUCAGCUGAACAAAAAAAUCGAUACACAAAUCGUGUCGUAACAUUAUGGUACAGGCCGCCAGAACUUUUAUUGGGUGAUCGUAAUUACGGCCCUCCAGUUGAUAUGUGGGGUGCUGGUUGCAUAAUGGCAGAAAUGUGGACACGUUCACCAAUAAUGCAAGGCAAUACCGAGCAACAGCAAUUAAUAUAUAUAUCACAAUUAUGUGGUUCGUUUACACCUGAUGUUUGGCCAGGUGUUGAAGAAUUGGAUCUAUAUAAAACAUUAGAUUUACCAAAAGGACACAAGAGACGUGUGAAAGAAAGAUUAAGACCAUAUGUUAAAGAUUCAUGCGGUUGUGAUCUAUUAGACAAGUUGCUAAUGUUGGAUCCAAAGAAAAGAUGUGAUGCUGAUACUGCUUUAAAUCAUGAUUUCUUUUGGAGUGACCCAAUGCCGUGUGAUUUAAGCAAGAUGUUAUCUCAACAUUUACAAAGUAUGUUUGAGUAUCUAGCACCACCAAGGCGGCCAAGUAACAUGAUGCGUUAUCAGCAGCAAAUGGUGAAUCAAAUGCAAAAACCUCAAGAUAGCACUUUAAUAGAUAGAGUGUGGUAACAAGUUCCAACAAUUAUAUUAUAUUAUAGCCGAAUAUUUUUAAUAAACUAAAACAUUAAGUUAAGUUUCUUUUUUUAUGAAUUUAAACAAUGAAAUUAUAAAAUAUAUAUAAAUUGAAAUUGAAUUGUUUUCGUUACUAUGUAAACUUUUUAUAAUCGUUGUCGAAAUACAUAAUUAUGUUUAUUUAGACAGGGGGGAGUGGUAAAGAAGAUCACUUGUUUGUAUGAAA